GAGAGCAUGAAACCAAAUCAAAAACCCGUGGAUGUGUGCAAUCGUCUGAUACCUGGAUACACAGGCUACAUCCCCCAAAGAUUCUAUAGAAUUGGCACUACUUAUGGAGAUGAUUCAAUGGCAUGUAUGACCUCAUUCCACAACGCUACUCAAAGGAGCAGAGAUGCACAGAAUGAGCUGAGAUACAUAGCAGCCACUACUCCCAAACUUCCAUCUAUUUGCUCCAAUGAAGAUGUUUUACAAGCACUUUAUGACUAUAAUUAUAAACACCAUCCUUAUGUGCUAGGUACUGUAAUAACUAAGAGAAGUUUACUAGAGCCCCCUAUUCCUGGUUGGACUGGGUUUGUGCCUAGAGCAAGGGUCACUGAACUGGGAUACGGUGUUCGUUACCAUGAAAUGACAAAAAAUUGCUAUCAGGAUUUUAAGAACUUAAGAGAUCGGGUCUGCUACGAUCCCACCAGCAAUUUACACAGAGGCAAAAUGCAUGAAGUUAAAGUUAGCAAAGUUCCCAACACAUACCAAAGAUUCUACAGGCCUGAAGGGAUGCUGCCAAAAUACAGCGGUCAUAUUCCACAUGAACAUCUUGUCAUUGGGAAAACAUUUGGAAACCUGUGCAGAAGCUGCUCGGUAUGCUCGCACACGGAGGAAUCCUAUGGUGCACAUCUCACUAAGAAACGUAAUGCCACGUUGAAGCUCCCAAAGAACUUGAAAUGUAACAUGAAAAGUUGA